AUGGACGAUUUGGUUGAGGUUGACAACACUACGUCUGCCUGGCGGUUGGUGGUGACGCCUGCGCUGCGUAAUGACUCCGGCGCGUACGAGUGUCAGGUCAACACCAGGCCUAAGCUGUCAUGGACCGUCACUCUCAACGUCAGAGUUCCAGUAGCGCUGUUGGAAGGCCCUCGGGAGCUGUACAUCAAGAGUGGCUCUACUCUCGUCCUCACCUGCACCGCUACCCUCCAUCCCGAGGCCUCUUCUUCAGUGGUUUGGAAGCACAACGGUUCUGCCGUGAGUAUCUUGAGCCCACGAGGGGGCGUGAGCGUCGAGACUGAGAAGGAGGGCCGCCAGCUCAUGUCGCGCUUGUCGCUCGUUCACGCCAUCGCCAGCGACGCCGGCAACUACACCUGUGAACCUCACCUCGUGUUCCCAGCCAACGUCUCUGUUUACGUCGUUGAAGACGAAGCGCCAGCCGCCAUGGCUCAUGACGGCAGCAGCAGUGAGCAGCCAUCUUUUCUGCUCGUCUCCUUGAGUCUUCUGCUCCUUGCGGGUGCGGUGAGCAGAACGAGUUCUUCCAGAACAAUCGGGAUCACUGAGAUCAAUUCAUCAAAUUCCUCAAAGCCGAGGUGUAAGAAGUCCCAUUAUGUGCAUCGAACAUCCAUUUCAGUAAUGGAUGAACCUGAACCGGUGUUCUAUCAACAGAUGAUUACCUCUAAAUCCCCUGUUGUGGAUUUUCCAACUCCUUUGGGCGCGUGCACGCGAACUUUCCAAAUUUACUUCUUGAAAGUUACCCGAUCAACCGAGAAUAAAAUCCAGAAGCAGUCCAUUUAUUCUGCCAUAGAAUAUCCUAAGGGAGUUAAAGUUUCCACAGUAAAUCUUUGGCAGCAUAAAAAGCAGGCACUUGAAGCACUCAAAUGUGAUUUUGAAGGUAAAAGCACCGGCACAACUGGAACAGCUUUACAGAAAAUUAACCUCCCAUGCAAAAAUACUGUGACAUGUUCUUUUUCCGCUGAAAGUAAUAGAGAAAUAAUACCAGUUUUCCGUAAAUGCUUCAUUAUUACCUCCAUAUAUCACAAUGCGGCUAUGGAUGCUUUAGCUCCGACUUUGAAAGAAAUUUUAUUGGUCGAAUUACAUGAAAUAGAUUGCGCGUGUGGUGUAAUUUUACGAGGCAUGCUUGAAACGCGGAAUGUAUCAAAUGAAGAGAAUAAAGAAACAUUUUCGGAAAAGUUAUUUUACAAUUUUACUUUCGUAGAAAAGUUUAAAGGCCAGGAAUUGUUUUUGGCUUCAAUAUCACAUUUGUGCUGGGGCAGACCGGAUCUUGGAUUUGGAACUGAAGAGUUUGCCAAUCGCUAUUUUUCAUUCAUUAGAUGGAAUUUUUGUAACGCACUAUUUGGCGGAAGAUCGGAUUAAUGAUUCAUUCAAGCAAGAAAUACAUCUUCCCCUCUUGGACAAACUCCCGCAUUUCUGCCAAGUUAUCAACGAUGACGAAGCAUUCGGAAAAAAGAAAUAGUUAGACGAACAUGACAAAUGCGAUUUACAUAUUUCGUUAAUUCGAGCCUUUCCCGCCAAAUUUAAUUUCGCGCUGACCAAAAUCAUGACCACAGGCGCAACAUGAAUUUUUUGUUUUAUGGCCACCAUGUUGUGAAAUUAUCUCGCCUUAAUCCAAUAAAGUUAUCAUAAAGAAAAUCUCAGAGCAAGACUGAUUAAUGAAACACGUACGACCUCAACAGGGAAAUACAAUAAGGUCGGGUCAACGAAUAUACUUAAGAGCAUUGUCGUGUAGAAGAGAUAAUGAAUGUCACGAUACUUUAUCUUGCGAUAUUCCUUCUGAGGAUUUCGCAACAGACGUUAAACUAGGUUGAUUUACGAUCGUUGUGUGUUAUCGUUAACCUCGUACACUACUGUACUACAUACUGAACUACUACUACUGAUAUAAAAACUCUCAUGCAAUUUCCGAAUGCCUUUCGUCUCACAAUGUUGGAAAAAAACAUAAAAUGUUUCUCAUGGUUUCGUGUAUCAGGUAAUAUAAUUCAAACCUGUCCUUCACUCUGCAUGUAAUCGGCGAGCGAGAUCGAUAUUUUCUUAACUCAAUUUUUACUGGCCAGAUUUCUAUUUGACGGAACCGUUGAUUUUAAGACACACAUUUUUAAGGCGUUCUUUAUUCAAACUGCUUUUGUUCUUGAAAGGUCUCGUAAUAAAAUGUUUUAUGAAAAUUUAAAAUUAGGUGGUAAA